AUGAAGAGAUUUGGACAAUUGACAAGACUGGCUAGCUGGCGUACUUAUUCUGUUGGGUCCAAAGUGGGCCGUGCCUUUUUAUCGAUUUCUGAACUCGACACAUUUUUGAGCAGAAAUGAAUGGUCUGUGGCUGAACUAUUUGAUGACCGCGGGAGUGAUGCAACAGUGAGUAAGGAUGUAGUGGUAAGUCUCUUGAAAAUGUCAGGACUAGCUCAGGAUAAAUGUAUUAUACCAGACAUACAAAGAACUCUAAAAUCGCAAAUUAGCUUCAUUAGUAAGUUACAAAGAAUUGAAUUACGUAACCAAGACAAUCUCGACGUCAAAUAUGCUAGAGUGCUACCGAGGCAUAACAAACCUAUCAAUUUUGAAGAGCUCUUGUCGAUCAUAGAAAAGGAGAACAAACCUCAAUCAAAAACUGCGGAUGAGAUUAGUGGUUCAUGGGACGCUACAGGGUUAGCGGACUCAUCGGAGAAUGGUUACUUCGUAGUUCGUAAAGGGCUCAUAAAAAACAGAGAUUGA